GUCGAGAUGCUCUAACCCUAGCAGCCAUCGGUCUUUCUCGGUUCGCUCGAUUGCACAGGACAUGGGAUUGGAUCGAGCGACCGCGUGACGGCGGCGGCUCCUGUAGACCGUAGUCGCCUCUGCUGUGGCCGCCUGCCGCCAGCACGAUAAUCGUGUGGUCUCUUAGGCGAUUAUUAGAAGAAGGGACUGGCAAAAUUGAUCCAUAGAGAAGUCUGUCUUUGAACAAUGAACCGAAAAUUCCUGUACAUGACGGCCAUGAAUGUCAAAAGGAGUUCAUACACUCUGCACCGCAUCAAGGCGUCACAAUUGUUUACCCCAAGGGUGCACCUGACUCCGCGGCUGCGGCGGUGGAGGACCAUUCUGUGCCGCCGCCAACAAUGGCUUUCCAUCCUCCUCGGUCCGAGCAUAGACGGGAGAUAAUGGAGUUCAUGCUCUUCGGCAGCAGCAGGAACAAGAUCGUCUGCACAGACGAGAGAGGUCGAGCCGUCUUAUAUGAUGACGGCCUGCAAGCUGUCCGCAUGUUGCCAAGCCUCAAAAAGGCCAAGUGGAAAUCAGUGCCCCUCGCCGUUGGUGACAACCUGUUGGUCAUGGAGGCGAUCCCUAAGAAUGAUCAAAAGAUGGAACAUCAAUCUUUCGAGGCGCUUAUGUAUGGUGAAAGGCCUAAAAUGUUCAAGGGGGUGGACUUUUUCUGGCACUCCAUCCCCCCGCCGCCUUAUGUCUAUGCCCCUGGCUAUGGUGUCGACCGUUCUGGUGUGAUCACCGCGUGCACUAUGGUCAAUAGCUCAAGCAUCUUGAUAUCCACAGGGAGCCUCAGCACCUACUGCUUGGACAUGGUGAGCGGUAAGUGGAGCAAGAGUGGUGCCUGGCCGCUGCCGUUUAAAGGACUUGCAGAAUAUGUUCCGGAGUACGAUCUCUGGUUUGGUGUCUCGGCAAAGGGGGGUGGCGUCCUCUGCGCAUCAGACCUGGGUGCUGCCGUGGCAUUCCAAGAGUGGGAGGGAUUUGCUAUCCCUGAGGGUACCGAGCUAGGAUCGCACCUCCUGCACCUAGGUGCCGGCCGUUUCUGUGUCGCCAAGUCGAUCAUGACAACAAGGCCGGCCCGUGCGUUGCAACGGGAGAGAAAACAUAACACACACUCUUAACUCAACAACUAUCACCCAAGAUCACAAUAGGUUCGUCUUCUUUAUUUUUGCAAGGAUCAUAUUUGUGUUGCCGCUUAU